CAGCUCGCUUCGUCGCAAUCGUCACUUUUCGAGUCUCAAGUUGCCACGCAUAAAACCUACAAAAAAAGCUCUCUGGAAAACCUUGAAAAUAAGUAUUGUAGUUCAAAAAUUUCUAUUUCGAGGGCAUAUUUUGAAAUGUAAUCAGCAUAACGAAAAUAAUUACACUUUAUGUAAUUGUUUGAAACGGAAUUGUACAAAAUUAAGCGUUUUCGUGUCCAGUGAAAACUGUGAAAGUAAAGGGACAGAUCUGCGACUUGCACAAUUUUUGGCAAAUAUUAACUAUUGAAAGGUACGGAAAAACUACUUGAAAUAGUUUCGAGUGACAUUUUGUGAGUGAAGUGUUUUACGAUAUUUUAAUUAACUUGCGAAUUACGAGGACAAGAUUAAUAUUUGUGAAAGUGUAUUGAUCACUAAAUUGUAGAAGUAAAUUUGUGUUUUAGCGUUACACACUUCGAUUAAGUAAGCGAAUCAAUUAAAAACUGCUGAAGUUAGAAGCCCUUCUUAAAAUUUGUGUAAUUCAAAAUUACGAUUAACGUGUUAAAGGUAGAUGAGAUUGAAGCUCUAAAUCUACCAAAUAUUUUGAUCGUAUUUUCAAAAUGUCAUACAAAAUAAAAGAACUGUGCUUAAAGUAAUAAUCUGCCAACUAAAACCCCACAAUUCCUAAAUAUUCCAGCUUCAAAGGCAAAAUUACACAUAAAGCACAAUCAGCUUUUCAUCCCUCUCCUUCAUUAGCCCAUCAAACUCCCAACUACGCAAAAAUACACCAUUUUCCAGACUUUUUGUCUCGACAUCUGCCUGCCAUGUGUCGUCUCUUCCUGUAACCCAACGUUCCACUAAAGUUCCUUGUCUACCUCAAGAAAUAAAUGAACAUCCACUUCUGAAAAUAUUCACCACAAAAACUCGACUUUUUCAAAAUUCACUCCAUGUAAAACACUCUGCUCGACAGAUUUUUUCAAUAAUAAUAAUACACCAACAAAACAACAACACGUCAAAGAGAAACGUCUCUCGGACAAGAAAAAACACACCGAAAAUUCAUGACAAGAUCGUAAAAUAGGGUAAAAACUGAGCAAAAACAUCACCCUCGUCCAUGCAUAAUCUCGACGACUGAACUUAAGAGGAGAUGUACAAGUUUAAAUGUAAAUUGCAAAGUUGAAGUGUUUUCACGACUUGGACAAGAUUUGUAUUUACCGUUUCCAAAUCGGGAAUUUUACUAAAACUACGACUUCCAAGUGUGAAGUGGAUCGUUAAUUUAAUGAACUUUGUCGCGAUUGAAUUGCUCGUUUUGGCUGAAACUUUGUAUUUGUGCAAGUGUCUCAGUCUGUGUUUUUAAGGUUUUCGGUUUAAGUGUGUUUUUGUGACUACGGAACGAAUCCGGGUAUUACGGAGGGAAGCAGGGAUUCAGGAAUUGUUGACCUGAAGCAGUUUCUCUGAAGGAUAAAUAAGUGCAGUUUUCUCUAAAUUGAACAUUUUAAGUCUAAAGAUAGACGAGCGGACUAACGGUUAAGACUUCUUGCCGACCCGUUGUCAGUACUGACGAGACGGAUGACCAUGACGAAUUGACGAGGCGGACACAAAGCUAAAGUUGGCCAUUUUCUUGAGGAAAAGUGAACUUUACCCAUUAACGGUUGGUUACUGACUUAACUGGAGCUAAUACCCGGGUGUCCUCUGGGAAUAAGGAAAUAAGAUUAAUUCCGGGAGAAUAAAAACUCCCAUCGAGAACAAACUGAGAAAAAAUUGCGAAAUUAUAUCCCCCCAGAAGAGACAAUAGUGGAUCCACAACUAAACUAAAAUCUACUUAAACGGAAAAUUCCAGGACAAUUAAACCCUCCUAAGGACAGGCCAAAAUUGAGAAGUUUUCCUCUACAAACGAGAAGUACGAAAAAAAUACUGGAUUUUCAAAAAGAAUCUGUCCAAAAAUUGAAAAUCUGGAAAUUGGACUCCAAAACCUAAAACUGAAUCUUCCCAAACCAAAUCACAUUUCAAAGUGAAAGCCAAAGUGAAAGCGAUUUCCCCUUAAAAAAUCAUCAUCUCUCCCCAUUUAUUCCUCACAUACGCAAAUUAUCGAAUUUACUUUGAAGAAAAUCUCAUCUCGACGUUGCUCCAGUGAAAUUGUGCCUCAAAGCCAAAUGAAACUUUGCUACGCGAAAUGAAUGCAAGGAUCAAACAAACAAUGGCUGCAGCAGCAACUUCUCGUUCUCAUUUUAAUCCAUGAGAGGAGGAGACGACGUAUUUGCAUCAAUAAAUAAAUCAGAGUGAAAUUUUAAUCGCGACAAAACCACAAGCUUCCCAAAUACGAAAUCUCUCCCGUUACAGACUCGACCGGAUUCAAAGGAUAAAACGAAAUGUGAUGUGUUGUGAUGUCGGAGUGGAUUUGAAUUCAAAUAGAAAUCAAGAAUACAAUGGUCGUUUCAGGGAGGAAAAUAUUGUGCUAAAAUCAUUUUCUGAUGAAUAAAUUUAACUUCGCGGACAAUUAUCAUGCAAAAAAUUCGUUACGAACAGUUUAGAUUCGUAUAAUGCCGAGAGUGUUUAAAUUUCUUCGCCAAAUUCAGUUUAAGUCGUGCAAAUAUUAAAACCUCAUAAAAUGAUGAUGAUUACGAAGUCAGUCCUUUUAAAGAGAACAAUUUACCAUUGCAUAUUUUUUACUUGAGUGAAUAACAGCGUUAAAAAUAUUACUUUUCGUCAAAAUGGCGAAAUUUUGCGGCGUUUUCGCCUUCGUCGCCCUCCUGUUCGUAACCACGAUUCAUGGGGAAAUUGUGUGUCCGGCAUAUCAAGAAAUCCCGUUUUGCUCCUGUUUCGUGCUCGAUGACCAGUUGCACAUUCAGUGCAGCGGGAGUGACAUUCCCGCUCUGAAAAAAUCCCUCCAAGUUUUAAACGGCCCGGUGAAAUCGUACAGUGUGUACGAUUUGGAUUCCCGCGCGGCUAUUUUGCCCGAUGGAGUUACGGACAAUGUCACGUCGCCGGUGUAUCAUUUGCAGAUAUCGCACUCCUCACUGGAGGACUUGGCGGAAAACAGUUUGCGCGGCCUGUCGAAAAGUUUGGAGUCUCUGGCCAUUGUUUCCAGUCGGCUAAAAUUCAUACCGCAAACCACGCUGUCGACGUUGCGACGAUUGAAAAUUCUCGACUUUGAAGGCAACCAAGUCCAGGAAUUGGGACCUUACAGCUUCCACAAUAUUCUACUACAGAAGCUCAACCUGAAAGGCAACCUGCUCGAGAACGUGUCCGAACACGCCUUCUGGGGCCUCGAGGAAACCCUCAUGGACGUCGACAUGUCUGAAAACAAAUUGAAAACCGUUCCGUUUCCCGCCCUUCGUCGCCUCCACCUUCUCUCGUCCCUCUCCCUCGCCUGGAACGAGCUCACCGACCUGGCCGCCCUUCUCCCGCCGACACUUCCCCCACCUCCUCCCGCCGAACCUUCCCGCUCAAAAAAAUCCGGCGCGUUCGACGUAAUUCGAAAUUCCCUCAAAGCAGGAACCCCGCCCAACAACCUGCUCCCCGCAAACAACGCGCCCCACCAUCCGACCACCACUUCCAUGGACUGGCCCCUCCUCAAAUAUCUCAACCUCAAUUCAAACUACCUCCGCUCCCUGCAUCGCGGGACGUUCAACUCGAUGCGGAACCUUCGCACGGUUUCGAUACACCUCAAUUCUAUCGAAGUGAUAGAUCCCGCCACAUUCUUCCCGCUCGUCGAACUCGAAUCUAUCGACCUCUCUCACAACAAAUUGUCCCUCCUGCCGUCCCCCACUUUUCAAGAAAACGUGAAACUCGUGUCCAUCGAUUUAUCGAAUAAUCACCUUCACUCAAUCGGCGAAGGAUUGUUCCAAAACCUGUUCGAACUUCGAGAAUUGUUCCUCAACGGGAAUAACAUAAUUCAAUUAACGUCCCCCACUUUUCUCGGGUCGCCCCAAAUCUCUAUCCUCUACUUGCAAGGAAACGCGGUAAAAUAUCUCGAAUCGGGGAUAUUUUUCCCGCUCAAAAAUUUAACGGAAGUCCGGCUAAGUGACAACUUUCUCCGCAUUUUACCACAAGACGUCUUCCUGCGUAACGAACAUCUCACUUCGGUCAGUUUGGAUGGGAAUUUGUUGGGUAAAGUUGUUCCCGGGACGUUUCAAACUUGCCGCGGGUUGAGGGAACUGAGACUACAGAAUAACGAAAUUACCACCAUUCCCGCCGGUGUUUUGGAAGGUUUGGAAACCUUGGAGGAGGUUCACCUCGAAAAUAAUCGGCUGAAUGGGAUCAAAGGGUUGGAUAAUUUGAGGCGGAUUAGGCACGUGACCCUGUCAAGAAACUCGUUUGAAAAAGUUACCGCCGACAUGUUACCGGGAACGGAGUUGAGCUCGUUGAGUCUGGGGCAUAAUAAUAUUAAGGGGAUUUCGGAUGGCGCGUUUGCUAAUCAGACGACAUUGUCGCUGCUCUAUUUGGGGAAUAAUCGUCUCACUCGGCUGGGUCAGAGAGCAUUUUCCGGGCUUCGCUCCCUCGAGCGGCUGUACCUCCAGAGGAACAACAUUUCGUGGAUUCACGGCGACGCUUUCUCCUCGCAGACCAAAGCCCUUCAAUACCUUGAUUUGUCCUUCAACCAGCUCAAGACCAUUAACCGCGCAAUUUUCUCGGGUUUGGCAUUUAUUGAAGAGAUAAAUUUAUCCCAUAACGAUAUCAGCACGCUGGAAGACGGCUCCUUCUCCAAUCUCCGCUCCCUCAGAAUCCUCGACCUCUCCACAAACAGGAUACAAUCGCUCCACUACGCGUCCACCUUUCAUCCUGCGGGGUUGGAAAUUUUGAAAAUUUGCUGUAACACGUUGUCCGAGCUUCUAAUCGGAAUUCCCGCCACAUCGUCCUCUUCUUCGCUAUCAAGCGGGGAAACUGGUAGUCUCACCUCGCCCCGAUUUCAAUCACCUCCAAUCGCCCUGAAAGAAUUGGACCUGCAACAGAACGACCUGACCGGCUCGGUCGUCCGCCAAUUGAACCUGGGAAGGCUCGAGGUGCUGCAAAUUUCCGGAAAUAAUUUGACCGACAUGGACGAAAAUAUGUUGGACGGAUUUCCCUCGUUGAAUUUCUUCUCGGCGGAAAAAUCCCAUAUCACCUCGUUGCCCGGGAAUGUCUUUAAAUUGAACCUUAACUUGGCGGUGAUAAGACUGAGUGAUAACUUCAUUAGUCACAUACCCGAUUCGGUUUUUAUUCCGGCGGGGAUCGGUGGAGGUCAGGCGGGGGCAGGGGUUUCUCCGUUGAGGGAGCUCCAUUUGAGGCAUAAUAGGCUGAGAGCGUUUCCAUACAAGGCGUUGGGAAAUUCGACGCUUUUGGAGGUCUUGACCUUGUCGGGGAAUCGGAUCAACACGCUGGAUCUGAACAGAAUCAUGCUCCCGAGGAUUAAACAGUUGGAUAUGAAUGACAACAGAUUGACGAAAAUUAUGGGGGGAAGCAUGACCAAGUCGACGCCCUUGUUGCAGGUCGUCGACUUUGGUGAAAACAACAUCUCCCGCGUUUCCGACGAUCUCGUCCGUAACGUUUCCCUCACCCAGAUAAACUUUGGGGGCAACUCCCUCCAAAAAGUCCCCUUCGCAUUUUCCGAACGGUUCGUAACGUCCGCCUUCGUCUUAAACAUGAGCGGAAAUCCACUGAUCAACUUUUACACGGAAAAUCAUCCCUCCCGCAACUUCUCCGUUAUGGAUUUAUACUUGUGCGAAACGAACGUGAGUUUUUUGACGAGUGAGGAAUUUAAAAUUUACCCGCGCCUUCACCGCCUCGUGAUUAAGCGGAAUCCACUCACCCUCCUCCCGCCGGCGGGGUUUUCAUCGCUGCAAAAUCUGAACUUGCUGGACCUGAGUGAGAACGCGAUUGAGGAUUUAAAGCACGACUCCUUCAUUGGAUUAGUUACACUGAAGUCACUCAACCUCUCGCACAACUCGAUCAAAACGCUGCAGCCCUUUCAUCCCCAUCUCGCAGGGCUUCAGGACUUGGACCUCUCAUUCAAUCAAUUAUCUCGACUCAGCCCGGAAACCUUUGCCAAUUUAAUCUCUCUCGUGACUCUGCGAAUCCGUGGGAAUUGGCUGACUGGCUUGCCUGCGGAGCUAUUUGGACCUCUGGCUCGCCUUGCCGUGCUGGAUUUGAGUCACAAUUUCAUCGAAAGCGUCCCAUCCACGGUUUUGAGACAUUUGGAGACCAGAAUUUCCACCCUCAAACUCGAAGAAAACCCUCUCAACUGCGAUUGUGACAGCAAAGAAUUGUGGGAGUGGUUGCAAACUCACCCGAAAGCAUUUUCUCAGCCGGGCUCCCCCAUAGCGUCGGCCCUCGCGGCGGGUGGCGUCGGUGUGCCCAACAGCCGCACCCCCUCCGACGGGACCCAACUACAACCCAAUUUCAUCUGCGAAAGGCCCGACGAAUUUCGUGGGAGGGGGAUUCUCGAUUUGGAUCUCGAUUCAUUCUGCUCGUCGCCAGCCAUUGUCAAAUUGGCGAUUCAGGAUGUGCAACCCUCCUCGGCCAUAAUUUCGUGGCAAGGGCGCAACAACUCGGCGAUGCAGGGAUACAUGAUUGGUUAUCACGCCCUCAACCACGACGACCAAAUUCGGUGGACGCGACCACUUCCGGCCGUGUCGAAAGCGUACCGGAUCCCAGACCUCGAGUCGGACACGCCGUAUCUCGUCUGCGUCCUCGGCCUCGCGCAGGACACGACCUCCAACGUCACCACCAGUGCACUCACCCUCCUCUCCGCAGAAACAGUCCUCAGGGACUCUCCAGUUUCGAAAUGCACUAAGGUCCGCACCUCCAUCUCGGUCUCUGGCUCGGACAAAUUCUCCAUUCUCCAACGCCGCAUGGGCGUCAUUGUCGGCGCGGCGGUGGGUGUCGUCGUCUUCAUCGUGUUGAUGACCAUCCUCACCUGCGUCAAGUUGAAAAAGAGUCGCCGAGCUGGUGCGACACGGGAAGAAGAAAAUGGGAAAAGUGACCAUCACAACAACCACCUCGGCGUCACGGAGGCGCUCACCCCGCCGAACGGGACGAAUGGCUUGGGCACGCUGAACUAUGGGCACAACACGCUCCAAUUUCACAACGGCCACACCCACACCUUGACCCGAAUGGGCAACGGGAAUGGCAACAGCGCCGUCGUCACGUCGCCCAAUCGCGGGGGGCGAAUGUCACCCGAGUUCCUAACCUAUCGACACUACUCGAUCGCCACGGAUAACAACGGGGUCAACAUCAUGCAGUCAAUGGCGACCACAGAUUUGGACCGGUUAUGACAAGACUCGUCCCAACAUCCAGAUAUCCUUCCCCCACCGCCCGGCCCCUUUGGCGGAGAGUCUUGUAUUUAAGAAAAUCAAAAAACCUACAUAAUUUAAGCUAAUUGUUAAAAAUAAAAUUGUUUAAAACGCAGGUGUUUUCUCGUUGUAAAAAAUAAUAAAAUGAGAGAUUUGUUGUAUGUAAAUCCGACUUUCUUCUCUGAAAUUGUUGAGCUUCCUUCGUGUAAAUAAAAAAUCAAUUGUUGCCGCAUUUCUAUUAAUUAAGAAGGUAGAUUGUUAAGUUGUAUUGUGUGACUAUGUAAUUUAUUGAGUAAAAUAUAUGCGAAUUAUGUAAUGAGACGAAUCACGUGGAUAUUUGUAAUCAACCAAAAUCGUAGCCUAUUUAAAAUCGUCUCCAAAGAUUA